GGAGCCAGAGUUAAUUCAAUGUCAAGGGUGCAGCGCACAAGGUCAUCUGCAAGAUAAAGGUUCGCAGCUGGCAAAGGAACAGCCAGACGCCCAAGACUUUUGCCUGGGAAUCAGGACACCUGCAGCCCUGUUCCGAGACCUUAUUUCAACUCACUUCUCUAUUACAGGGAACAGCUCCCACCAGCUGGGGUCCUCACUUUCAUUCCCACAACCCUUUGGAAAAAGUGGUUCAUGUUUACAUUUCAUGCUGAGUUAUCUUCAGUUUGAUACAGAACUGAAUUCUAAACUGGGAUUUGUGAGCUGCCUGUGAAAUCACGUGUCUGGCACCCAUGGCCAUGGCGGCGAUGACCAGCCUGCAGGUAUAAAUAGUGGACAAAAGCCCUUCUCAUCCUAUGCGCAUCCAGACCUAGCGAGCAACCAUGAAGGCCUUCAUCUUCCUCGCUCUCCUGGGAGCUGCUGUUGCUUUCCCCAGUGAUGACGAUGACAAGAUCGUCGGGGGCUACACCUGCAAAAAAAACAGCAUCCCCUACCAGGUGUCCCUGAACGCCGGCUACCACUUCUGCGGCGGCUCCCUCAUCAACAACCAGUGGGUGGUGUCUGCGGCUCACUGCUACAAGUCCCGCAUCCAGGUGCGUCUGGGAGAGUACAACAUCGAACUUACGGAGGGCAACGAGCAAUUCAUCAAUGCGGCCAAGAUCAUCCGCCACCCCAAAUACAAUUCCCAGACCAUCGAUAAUGACAUCAUGCUGAUUAAACUGAGCUCGCCCGCCACUCUCAACUCUCGCGUCUCCACUGUCUCUCUGCCAAAAACCUGUGCAAGUGUUGGCACCCAGUGUCUCGUCUCCGGCUGGGGCAACACCCAGAGCGUCGGCACUAACUACCCCGAGCUGCCGCAGUGUCUGGAUGCCCCCAUCCUCUCCGACAGCGCUUGCCGCAAUGCCUACCCAGACCAGAUCACCAACAACAUGAUGUGCCUGGGCUUCCUGGAGGGCGGCAAGGACUCUUGCCAGGGUGACUCCGGCGGCCCCGUGGUCUGCAACGGCCAGCUGCAGGGCAUCGUCUCCUGGGGCUACGGCUGCGCUUUGAAGGGCAAGCCUGGCGUGUACACCAAGGUCUGCAACUAUGUGAGCUGGAUCAAGAACACCAUCGCUGCCAACUAAGUGCACCUCCGUGCCAGACGACGUCG